CGCGUGGAGCCCGCCGUUUACCUGCGGCCGCCCCUCACCUGGCCCCGAGCGCGCGCCCCGCGCCCUCCCGCCGACUCCGGUGCGCGGCCGCCGCCUCUUGCCGCCGCGCGUGCCGCUCCCGAGCCGACAGGCGACAGGAGUAGACCACGCGCCGCGGAAGCACGGGAGGAGCCCCCUCAGCCUGGGCGCGCCAAGAGGACAGGGGUUAAAAUGAAUGAAGACCUGAAGGUCAAUUUAAGCGGGCUGCCUCGGGAUUAUUUAGAUGCCGUUGCUGCGGAGAACAUCUCGGCCACUGACUCCUCCCAGGUUCCAGUUACAGAACCAGAGCCAGAGCUCACUGUCAACCCCUGGGAUAUUGUCCUGUGCACUUCAGGAACCCUCAUCUCCUGUGAAAAUGCCAUUGUGGUCCUUAUCAUAUUCCAUAACCCCAGCCUGCGAGCGCCCAUGUUCCUGCUGAUUGGCAGUUUGGCUCUAGCGGACCUGCUGGCCGGCAUUGGACUCAUCAUCAAUUUUGUUUUUGCCUACCUGCUUCAGUCAGAAGCCACCAAGCUGGUCACGAUUGGCCUCAUUGUCGCCUCUUUCUCUGCCUCGGUCUGCAGCUUGUUGGCUAUCACUGUCGACCGUUACCUCUCACUGUAUUAUGCUCUGACAUACCAUUCCGAGAGGACGGUCACUUUUACCUAUGUCAUGCUCAUCAUGCUCUGGGGGACCUCCAUCUGUCUCGGACUGCUGCCCGUCAUGGGCUGGAACUGCCUCAGAGACGAGUCCACUUGCAGCGUGGUCAGACCUCUUACCAAGAACAACGCAGCCAUCCUGUCCGUCUCCUUCCUCUUCAUGUUUGCGCUCAUGCUUCAACUCUACAUCCAGAUCUGUAAGAUAGUCAUGAGGCACGCCCAUCAGAUAGCCCUGCAGCACCACUUCCUGGCCACCUCACACUACGUGACCACCCGGAAAGGGGUCUCGACCCUGGCUAUCAUCCUGGGGACCUUUGCUGCUUGCUGGAUGCCUUUUACCCUCUAUUCCUUGAUAGCUGAUUACACUUACCCCUCCAUCUACACCUACGCCACCCUCCUGCCGGCCACCUACAAUUCCAUUAUCAACCCUGUCAUCUAUGCUUUCAGAAACCAAGAGAUCCAGAAAGCCCUCUGCCUCAUUUGCUGCGGCUGCAUCCCAUCCAGUCUCUCCCAGAGAGCACGGUCACCCAGCGAUGUGUAGCAGUUGGCCACUUAAGAGGAGGAUGCACGCUAAUUUCUGCAUUUACCAAGCUCUUCCACUACCUGGCAAAAUAGUUGAGAUGCUUUACUUAAAUUCUUUCUAUUGGAUUCUCUCUGGAGCCACGGAGCACUUAGCAUCCAAGAAGCAUUCAGCAUCCAUGAAGCAUUCAUUUAGAUGAGUUAAGUGAUUGAAGUGAAAGUAACAUAACCAGUGUUUUCAACCUUUUAAAAGAUUGUUAAAUUCUUUGCUCAUUAUCAUUUUGUUUUAUUCCAGGGUUGGGUUUGGGUAUUUUUCAUAGUUUACUUGGAGGCAGAAUUUUGUUUUCUGUUUUGUUUGGAAGAUUGGUGGUGGUGGGAAGGGAAAGAAUAGGACAUGGUCAUGGUGUUAUUAAAAAGUAAGCUAGUCCGGGAGUUUUAUACCUGAACUUUAAAAUAAAACUGAGUUGUUGGGGAAAAAGGAGGAGAAAUUACUUUUCCAGACAUUUAAAAAAAAUGUUAAGGUAGGUUUUCAAUGCUGCAUAUGUCUAACAGAAUACAAUCUCUUUUAAGCCAAUGAAAAUAGUUUACAUGAUUAUGUUUCAAUGGGACCUGAUUUUAUUAACAUGAACUCAGUAAUAAUUUAUCAACAUGAAUCCCUAAACUCAUUCUUACUCAUUCUUUCUUUACUUUCAGCAAUUAAUCUUCACAAGAAUUACUUUAGUGUUUCUAUGAAUGAUGUAAUUCUUUCUGUCUUAUUUAGACCACUAGUUUCAAUGUUGCCAUGUAAAUCCAGAAUCAAAUCAGUCAUUUUUCAAUAUCGAUUUUCAAUAUGUCCUUCUAAAAUGAAUUAUAAAUUUUGUUUUGAUUUAGAUAUGAAGUAGGCUUGAUUAGCUCCAUGAUUGUGAUUUCUUAAGCUACAGGCUGAAUGUUUUCAAGAAACAAAGGAAAAACUGUAUCUAUUAACAGUAGAC